CUCCUUUCUUCUUUCUCUCUCCUUUGAAGGAGCUGGGCCUAACGUCUUUUUUUUGCCUGGGUCGAUGGUCGUUUUUGUUUUUCGAUUGUUCCGCUCAUCGCGGCCUAGUUGAGGGAUUUCCAGCCGACCGCAGUAACACUCCUCCCUAUCUCGCUCGUUAGCUUCCCCUCAUAUGCGCAUUCUACUGGAAUGUCAUUCGCAAAGUUGUUCGAUCUGGAGCUGAGUGUCGGGGUGCUUGUCACUCUCUUCCGCGCCCUCUGAAGAUGGAUUACGUAUCAACGUUAUGUGCGUUAAGCACUGUCGGUAUAGCACCCACCGGCCUCGCGCUCGGGCGCGCAGAACGAAGUCAGAAGCCGAGUCUCUUCCGGCGCAAGACCCUCUCUCAAGAUCACCCUCUCCUCCCUCAACAUACCGCAAAGACGUCCAUUGAUGCUCGUCCGAAGACAGCUUUACCACCACGGACAAGUGUGGCAGCCGAGUGGCGGGCUGAAAAGGAACAAAGUUUGGCAGAUAGCGCGUAUGGGAACCAAUAUCAACCAGAUCUUCGGCGGGCAUCCUUGUCCUUCAGCGCUGUAAGACGUCGUCGUCGGGGUCAAACUUUCACAGCGCCUCCACUGCAAAUUCCGGAAAAUGAAUCAACAGACUCGCAAGCUGGCCACGUCCGGCGACCAUCCACUGGUUGGCUGCGGCGCUUGUCAAUGGCCUCGUUCCAGACCGAGAGCCCGACCGCGAGUAGCCCAGUCACUCCGUCGUUCAAUGGAUCAGCAAGCCCAAUCUUUCCUUGCCCGCCGAGUCAGCGAAGGCCCCCGAACAAGUUGGUGAAGCGUCCGGCAUCGCAGCACACCAACACACAUCCACUUGGAUCGCAGACCAUCUCCGGGUCUUCGCCAUCUGCGCUGCGCAGGCCAGCCACGAGUCACCAGAGAUCAGAGUCGAUGCGCCUUCCUUUGGCUUCAGAUUUCGAAUAUUGCUUCCCCAAGAAUCUUCCUGUUGAAUCACCAGCGAUCGAGGAAUUCGAGCUUGAUAAGAAGAAACAAUGGGCGUCAUUUUUCUUUCCCGGGGCUGGUAAGUUGGCCGAGAGACUCUCGCGCAGGUUCUCAACAUCAAUCACCCCGAAAGUUCAAAGUGUUCGCCAGAUUACGUCUGAUCAGAGCGCUCUUCCGGUAUUGAUUCUCGCCUCUGAUGUCGCCAUCAACACUGCUGUGCCCCGAGAGGAUCAGUCAUUGCCUAAUACCCCGAUCGAAUUCCGCAACCCAUUUCAGGCAGCCGCCCCGGAGCUUGCUCCUGAACUCGUUCUCGAGCCAGCGGAGAAUCCCAAUCACAGGCACUCGUACUCUGUUAAUGAUGCUGAACAAAAGCAGACCGUCAUUGCCAACACCGUCACCGGCUCUGGCGUUCCGGUUCUGGGACGACCCAGGGGCGGUUCUCUGAAGCGUGUGAAAGGGCGCACGUUUUCCAUCCCUCGGUCAGAACUGUCCAAGUCGGAGAGGAUUGUCGCCGUCCCAACCCCGGACCCCGAGCAACGUCGUAAUAUCACCGAUCCGAAUGUCUUCCGUCGCCCACAUCCUGUUUCGCAGCCCGGAGGGGCUCUUUCAGCUUUGGAAAGACGUUCUCAAGUUGUGCCACGAUCAGUCUCUCAAGACUACAACAUUGGCUUGGGAUCACGGUCCGGCUUGGAUCCAGUAACCUCGGAUGCAGUGGCACUUUCUGCCUGGCAGCGGGCAUCUCGUCCAAAUGGCCAGCCUUACUCUCUCCGCCGUCGUCCCAAGGGUUUCUCAAUUUCAGGGUCAGACCCAUCUUCCACCAUAAUCGGUUCCGAUGAUACCAGGGUGUUUACAUCAUGCGAUGAUUAUGAAACCGACAUCAUGAGUGAUUAUUGGGACUCAGUCCGCACACGCGAAACAACAAGCAGCGGACUGAAGGGCCUUCGAAUUGAGACGAUGUUUGACAAAGCAGGCACGAGUUUGGCUAAUGAAGAAGUCACGACCUUAGAGACUCUUCUGCCGCGGGGUUCUUUCGCCGCGAGGUCUUUGGAACGGGAUCCUCAACUUUUUACUGAUUCAUUUCUGGCCUCUCCCCCUUUGACUCAGGUCCCAAUGGUUGACAACUCGUCAGUUUUGGCCGAUGCGCCGGAUGAAGACGCCCUCAGUAUGAUUGGGGCAUUGCCUGGCGAAUCAGGCAGCACGGUUCAGUCGCCUUUGUCGCUUGCGUUGUCCAAAUUCGCCGAACAUCCCGACUCUGGCCUGACUUCGGUCAAGGGCUUCGGAUCGAUGGUAGACGGGCCCAACUCAGAUGUGAACAAAAAGACAAACAUCUUCGACUGGUCUGAACAGUCACGUCCUGAUCGUGAAACGUCGGACUCCGAAACGCGUCCCAGAACCAUGCAUGGGAAGCAAGCAAAUGUUGUUGAUAGAAGCAGUCGUGCUGUUUGCCGGAAAGCACCUUCCACCGUCCACCUUCGCAGUCAGAGUGUCCCCGUUGUGAGUGACAUUCCCACCAGUGACUCACGUCAAACAUCUGGGAAGUUCGGCACCUGGGGCUUGGGCAGUAAAGGCGUCAGCGAAGACUGGGAUAGCGAUUUCGAUUUCGACGAAUCCGAGGAUACACCCACGGCCGAAAGCACUCAGGUCUCUGAACCAGAGACUAUUCGUCAAAGCAUGACUGUUCCGAAAGCCAUUCUGGAACGCCAAGCCAGUCUUCGCGGUCAAUUCGGACAGGUCCAGGAAUUGACGCUGCUCGUGGAAGAAUUGAAGCGUCUCCGGCACCAGGCAAAUGUCUUGGAUCUCGUCGGCGGACCUUCCAGUGAAUUGUGGAAAGAAGCAGAGGGGAUUGUGAACCUUGCUACUAUUGAUGACGAAGAAGAGCAUCGCUCACCUCCAGGAUCUCCUUCAUCUCUCACAUUUAGCUUCGACGAAUCAGAAGAUGAAGGUCUCCAUGCAUCUUCCAAGCGUAACAGCGAAGUCUCAUGGAACGAUGUACCGCAGCGUGAGCGUGAAACUCGCUCGCCUCUCACUCCGCUUGCCAAAGACUCGCUCAAGUCUCAAUCUGUGCUUGAUAUCCUGCAGCCUGGUGAUAAAUCUCUAGAGAUUGCACCGCGUGCUCAGAAACUGCCAUUCGACACGUCUUCGUUGAAAGAUUUGGUGGUUCGAGCUGGUGUUGUGACGCGUGCGCUGAAGGAAGUCAUUCGCAAGGCAGAGGGAGUUUCAACCAGCCCCCAGAACGUUUUUCCACAAGACCCCCGUUUCGACGCAUCUUCGACAAACCAUCUCACGACGACCUUGCCAGCUUUGAAGCUGCUCUCGCCGACUUGUAAUAAUUUCUCUGAUUUCUUUUUCUCUCCUGUCACCAUAUCUCUCCACGAUUCCCCAGCAUCAGAUGAAACGACCCGAAGAUCAUUUGCAUGAGCAUCUCCUUUAUUCUUUUAAUAUCUCGGUGGUUCACCGUUGAUCUCGCCCCUUUGCAUACCCUCGGAGAACCUCGUCUCUUUCACGCGAUGUGUUCAAAAGUGCCAUGGCUUUCCUUUUCCUUUUCUCAUGUACAACUCUCACCCCAAUGUACAUUGCCACCACCUUUUCCUUGAUAUUUCAAUUACCCUGUGUGUAGCCCACACAUCCGAGUCUGUCCCAAACCCCGGGGCUCACGACCUUUCCAUUUUUGUUCGGUCUUCUCAUUCCUUUCAAUCAUGUCUCAUAUUUGCGCAGCUCAUAUCUUUUAAUUGUGCUGUAUUAAUCACGGAGGAUUCCUUGUUAAGGCGGACCUGCACUGAUUACGUUUUCACACGAAGGCCCAUACUAGAUGAAAAGCCCUGAACCCAACCAUGUGAUGAUUAAACUAACUGGGGACAGAAGUCUUCUUAUGCAUUUGCACUAUAG